CUCAUUGAGAGAGAUAGGGACAGAGACACAGACGUUGUCAUUCAGAGGGAGGGAGAGAGAGACAGACAGACAUAGACACACACACACUCAUUGAGAGAGAUAGGGACAGAGACACAGACGUUGUCAUUCAGAGGGAGAGAGAGAGAGAGACACUCUGUCAUUGUGAGGCAGAGGGACUCACAGAGAGAUAGAGACACACAGGGAUUUGUCAUUGAGAUAUCCUCAGGACGCUGAGCCUUGUACAAGCGAGGCGUUCCAUACUCUCUGUGAGACUCCCACUAAGACGGUGACAGGGACUGAGCGACUGAGAGAGCUCGCCAACAUGGUCAGCGUCUUCCUGUUUGUGCCCAACCUCAUUGGUUACAGCCGCAUCCUCCUGGCCCUUGCUGCUUUCUACUUUAUGCCGAGUAGCCCAAAGCUGGCCAUAGGCCUCUAUCUAGUCAGUGCCUUUCUGGAUUCAUUCGAUGGCCACGCUGCUCGGUUACUCAACCAAUGUAGCAGGUUUGGAAUGAUGUUGGAUAUGCUGACGGACCGCUGUGCCACCAUGUGUUUGUUGGUGAAUCUCUCUCUGUACCCUCGCUACGCCUUCCUGUUCCAGCUCAGUAUGUCUCUGGACAUCAGCAGCCACUGGUUACACUUACACAGUACCCUGAUGAAGGGGAGCAGCAGUCACAAGAAGAUUGACCUGAGUGGAAAUCCCAUCCUACGGGUUUACUACACCAAUACGAAAGUGCUGUUCCUGAUGUGUGCUGGCAAUGAACUUUUCUAUGCUAUGCUUUACAUCUUGACUUUUGUGGAGGGCCCGAUGGUGCCUCUGCUGAACAUCCACUUCUUCCAGCUGCUCCUGUACUGCUCCUUUCCGAUCUGUGCAAUCAAAACUGCCAUCAGCGUUAUCCACCUGAUCACAGCCGCUCGUAACAUGGCAGCAAUGGACCAGACGGACGAUGAGCAGGGUCUUGCCCCCUGUAAGCGGGACUGAAGCCCCCCCCCACCCCACCCCACAACUUGAGUCCAGCAGCACGUUCCCAAACCUGGAUCAUUGUCCACCCUCUGUCUGCAACUAUCUCUGUGCUAUUCCGCGCACACCCCCCCCCCCCCCCCCCCCCCAAACCGACACCCUCACUGUGUCAGUGCAGGCAUCUUCUCCUUGGUCCCAUUCCCAUACGCAGAGAAUGAUCAGCGAACGAGGACGUGCUCCAACGGAGGUGUCAAUUAGACUGUCCAGCACCGGGAGUCUGCCUGUACAUCUUCACAAGGGCGCCUGUGAUAAACUGCUCUGUGUCUGUGUGUGUCAGGGCGUGGGCAGAGAGGCUGUACAGCAGUCUGAGGUGGGGAUAGGUUUCUCCGGAAACUCUACAGGAAUGUUUUGUUACUCACCCUCUCACUGCCUCUGGCUAAUCUCAACAAGCUAAAUAACUACCAGGCUGUGGUUUUUGGAAUUAAAGUAUAUCUCCUCGAUCUCACGACAGGUACAUUGUUGACACAGUAAGACAGAGACGAUUGUUCAAAAAGCCAAAGGGAAAUAAAAAUUACAACCCACCAAGUAACGUCUCGCUAUUUCUUCUGUUGAGUCGCUGAUAGCCAGAGAUUGGUGAUAGAUGGCCAGUUCUCAUCGCAGUAAACUUGGGUUUGAGCUGCCUUGGCCCAUUUGUGGUCCACCUCUUCCAGCUUUACCAAGGUGGCAGAAAUAUUGAUCUUUUUGAAAGCCCUUACCAGGCUCGGAGAGGCUUGAACUGAGCACAGGAUAGCAGGAGAGAGGCUGACAGCUUCUAACUCUUUACUAGAGCCCUGAGUCUCUAAGGCUCAGGCUAGAACAGGCUCCCAGGCAACAAUCAUCAAAGGUUGUAAGCCCUCUCUAAGGCAGAUUUUCCCAGUUCUCAAAGCAUGAAAUCCUGUGUCUUAUCUCUUUGAAAGCUUUGCUUGGCUGUUUCUCCAAAGUUGACUUUUUGUUUUUAAAUUCAGUCUGAGGAUUUGCGCAUCGUUGGCCAAGCCAGCGUUCGUCACCCAUCUCCAAUAGCCCUGUGGGCCGAGAGUCAACCAUAAUGCUGUGGGACUGGAGUCACGUGUAGACCAGCAGCUCCCUUCCCUAGGGGCAACCAAUCAGCAAUGGUUUCCUGGUCAUCGCUAGAUUAUUUAUUCAAAACAAUUCCGGAUUUUUACACAGUUGAAAUGCUACCGUUUGCAAUGGAGGGAUUUGAACCCAGGUGCCCAGAAUGCAGCCUGGUUGUCUGGAUGAAUACUCUAACAGUAAUACCACCAUGCUAUUACCUCCCUGUGAUUCCUAAUUUUUAAAAAAACUCCUUGAACUGCUGGAAUUGAAAAGGGGGGAAAAAGUUCUGUUUUAAACCAAGAAAGACUCCAAGGCAGGAAACAGGAGGUGGUGGUGGAGGGUUGAUUUUUAAACCGGAGGCCCGUGACCAAUGGUGUGCCCCACAGAUUGAUGCUGAGUCCACAGUUUUUUUUUUGGUCAGUUAUAUAAAUGAUUUGGAUGUGAAAAUAGGAGGUAUGGUUAGUAAGUUUGCAGGUGACACUAAAGUUAGAGGUGUAGCGGACAGCCAAGAAGGUUACUUCAGAGUACAAUCGGACCUCGAUCAGAUGGGCUAAGGAGGGGCAGAUGUAGUUUAAUUUGGAUAAAUGUGAGGUGCUGAAUUUUGGGAAAGGCACAUCAGGGCAGAACUUAUACACUGAAUGGGGAUUGUUAGUGUACAGAGAAACCUUGGGGUACAGGUACGUAGUUCCUUGAAAGUGGAGUUGCAGGUAGACAAGAUGGUGUUUUGCACACUUGCCUUCAUUGGCCAGUGUAUUGAGUAUAGGAGUCGGGGAUGUUGUGUUGUGGAUGUAUUAGUGAGGUUACUUAGGGAAUACUGCAUUCCGUUCUUGUCUCGCUGCUACAGAAAAGAUGUUGGGAAGUUUGAAAGGGUUCAGAAAAGAUUUACAAGGAUGUUUGAGCUACAGGGGGAGGUUGAAUAGGCCUGAGGCUAUUUUCCCUGGAGCGUUGGAGGCUGAGGGGUGACCUUACAGACGAUUACAAAAUCAUGAAGGACAUGGAUAGGGUGAAUAGUCAAGGUCUUUUCCCCAGGGUGGGGGAGUCCAAAAGUAGAGGGGCGCAGGUUUAAGGUGAGAGGGUAAAGAUAUAAAAGGGGCCUUGAGUGUAACUUUUUCACACAGAGGAUGCCGUGUGUACAGAAUGAGCUGCCAGAGGAAGUGGUGGGGGCUGGUACAAUUAUAACAUUUAAAAGGCAUCUGGAUGGGUACACGGAUAGGAAGGGUUUAGAGGGAUCGGGGCCAAAUGCUGGCCAAUAGGAUUAGAUUGAUUUCAGUCAGCUGGUCAACGUGGAUGAACAUAGAACAGUACAGCACAGAACAGGCCCUUCAGCCCACGAUGUUGUGCCGACCAUUGAUCCUCAUGUAUGCACCCUCAAAUUUCUGUGACCAUAUGCAUGUCCAGCAGUCUCUUAAAUGACCCCAAUGACCUUGCUUCCACAACUGCUGCUGGCAACGCAUUCCAUGCUCUCACAACUCUCUGUGUAAAGAACCCGCCUCUGACAUCCCCUCUAUACUUUCCUCCAACCAGCUUAAAACUCUGACCCCUCGUGUUAGCCAUUUCUACCCUGGGAAAUAGUCUCUGGCUAUCAACUCUAUCUAUGCCUCUCAUUAUCUUGUAUACCUCAAUUAGGUCCCCUCUCCUCCUCCUUUUCUCCAAUGAAAAGAGACUGAGCUCAGUCAACCUCUCUUCAUAAGAUAAGCCCUCCAGUCCUGGCAGCAUCCUGGUAAACCUCCUCUGAACCCUCUCCAAAGCAUCCACAUCUUUCCUAUAAUAGGGCGACCAGAACUGGACGCAGUAUUCCAAGUGCGGUCUAACCAAAGUUUUAUAGAGCUGCAACAAGAUCUCACGACUCUUAAACUCAAUCCCCCUGUUAAUGAAAGCCAAAACACCAUAUGCUUUCUUAACAACCCUGUCCACUUGGGUGGCCAUUUUAAGGGAUCUAUGUAUCUGCACACCAAGAUCCCUCUGUCCUCCACACUGCCAAGAAUCCUAUCCUUAAUCCUGUACUCAGCUUUCAAAUUCGACCUUCCAAAAUGCAUCACCUCACAUUUAUCCAGGUUGAACUCCAUCUGCCACCUCUCAGCCCAUCUCUGCAUCCUGUCAAUGUCCCGCUGCAGCCUACAACAGCCCUCUACACUGUCAACGACACCUCCAACCUUCGUGUCAUCUGCAAACUUGCUGACCCAUCCUUCAAUCCCCUCAUCCAAGUCAUUAAUAAAAAUUACAAACAGUAGAGGCCCAAGGACAGAGCCCUGUGGAACCCCACUCACCACUGACUUCCAGGCAGAAUAUUUUCCUUCUACUACCACUCGCUGUCUUCUGUUGGCCAGCCAAUUCUGUAUCCAGACAGCUAAGUUCCCCUGUAUCCCAUUCCUCCUGACCUGAAUGAGCCUACCAUGGGGAACCUUAUCAAAUGCCUUACUGAAGUCCAUAUACACCACAUCCACAGCUCGACCCUCAUCAACUUUUCUAGUCACAUCCUCAAAGAACUCAAUAAGGUUUGUGAGGCAUGACCUGCCCCUCACAAAGCCGUGUUGACUGCAUUUAAUCAAGCCAUGCUCUUCCAGAUGGUCAUAAAUCCUAUCCCUCAGAAUCCUUUCUAACACCUUGCAGACGACAGACGUGAGACUUACUGGUCUGUAAUUUCCGGGGAUUUCCCUAUUUCCUUUCUUGAAGAGAGGAAUUACAUUUGCCUCUCUCCAGUCCUCAGGUACGACUCCAGUGGAGAGCGAGGAUGCAAAGAUUUUCGCGAGUGGCGAAGCAAUUGCAUUUCUCGUUUCCCAAAGCAGCCAAGGACAAAUCUGGUAUUCAUGACAAGGGGGCAUAAUUUUAAAAAGAAAGGCAAGGAAGUUUAGAGAGGAAUUGAAGAAAAGUCUUUUUUUCUAUGCAGAGGGUGGUGGGAAUCUGAAUGCCCUGCCCAAAGAGUAGUUGAGGCAAGAAGCCUCAGAACCUUCAAUAAGUAUUUGGAUGAGCACAAAGUGUUGUAACAUUUAGGGCUUAAAGGCAAUAAAGGUUACCCAAGCCAACAAAACCCACAUCCCAAGAAUGAAUCAAAAACAUGUCGAGCUGCUCCCUCCACAACCUCAUCAUUUAUAAAGAGCCAGGAGGAACCGAAACAAAAUGGUUCAUUGCUGCUUUGUGAUCAACGCUGGUUCUAUCACUGUGUUUCUGUAUUUCCUUUGGCUUUUAUCCACCCACAGUGUUCAUGCUGUGCCUAGGUUCUGAGUGUCUGGAAUGACAUUUUGAAAGGGGUAGAGUUCAAGUCAUACAGUUAUAGACCGUCAAGGUUCAUUUACUUGCUUUUUCAC